GCGACCUCACAGCCCCGCGCUUCUGACCCUCCGGGCGGUCAGAGCACAGUGCGCGCGCGUGCUGGGCUGUGAGGUCGGCCCUCCCUCUCGGCAGGAGGCGAACCCGGCAGCCGCACUUCUGACCAGGUUCACCCCCUGCUGGGGGGCCCCGACCUCGCAGCCCCACGCGCCGCGUUCCGACAGCCCCAGCGCUCAGAAGCGCGGCACGUGUCUCUCUCUCCUGCUCCUCCACACUGUCACUUCCAGAGCUGCUGAGGCGGGAAGCACGAGGCAGAGCCGCACACCUGAAUGAUCUCAACAUUCAACUUCAGGGAAAAAAAUCAACUUAUAUUACAAAUGUGUGCAGCAGUGAAAGCUUUCAAAAUGAAAUUGAAACUUUUCAGAAAUCAGCUGUCAAAAGGUGAAAUGUGUCACUUUCCCACUUGUGCACAGCGUAUCCCUCAGCACAAACACGCUGAGUUAGGAGAAAAAUAUGCAAAGCGCAUGAAUCUUUUGACUGAAGAAUUUGACAGAAGACUUAUUUUGUCUAAAGAUGAUGACAUCCAGUUGAAACUGAUUGAAGAUCCCUUUUCUGUGGAUCCAGAGGAAGUGCCAGGAGAUUUGCAGUUGGAGGUUAAUGAACUUCAGAGUUCGGCAAUUUACCGAAAUAAGCACAGAGAAAGCAGCCUGUGGGACUUCUACAAAAGUCUGGAUGAUGAAAAAUACAAGAAUCUUAUCGAAGUUGCACUGAAAACGUUCAGCAUUUUUGGAAGCACUUACAUAUGUGAACAAACAUUUUCCAUCAUGAACAUGAAUAAAAACAAGCAACGUUCUUCUCUGACUGAUGACCAUUUGGAAGACAUUAUGAAAAUAUCCCACUUCAAAUAUGAUCCCAGAAUAUGA